UCUGCUUGGGUUUCCUUUAUGGUCCCGGGAUCUCCCACUCCCUCACCAGACAUCAGCCAGCAACACAGGCGAACACAACUCUCUCCCUCAUACACGCCGUCUCUCCCUGCAGCUGCAACACACUCAGAGACCACAGAGAGACCACAACAACACUUGGACCUGGAGAGGCUGCCCCCUGAUCCACGACAGAAAGGACCCAUCAACCGCUGCAGCUUGCACACACAAAUAAAGGGAUCUACGGCUGUACUAAGCGUACAGCCACUGAGGAAGACUUUUACCUACUUUUUAUCUGCGUUGGUGAUCCUUCUCCAUCGUGCCACAAUGUCCGAGGUGCUGCCAUACAACGAGGGGAAAAUGAGCGGCUAUGGGGCGGACAGCGAGGUCAGUCAGAUGUCCUUUAGCUGCGGACUGCAGGACACAAGCGCCUUUUUCGCCGCGUCGCAGGCGAAAAGACCCCCAAAGCUUGGUCAGAUCGGCAGAGCCAAGCGAGUGGUCAUCGAGGACGACCGAAUAGACGAGGUCCUGAAGGGGAUGACAGACAAGUCUUCACCUGGCGUUUAAGCAUGAGCGAUGCCUUGCAGACUUUUUAAUUUUGAUCACCGAUUUGAAGCACUUGUCGGCUGUGCAUGUUCGAGGACUGCAGGAGAAAACGACGGUACGAAGCAAGGAUGGGAUGAUGAGAGGAAAACCAAAAAGGCAAAAGGAGGGAAGAAUUGGAGAAGGCUAAGGAGAAGAGAAAUGGGGAGGAAAGAGAUGAAGAGAGAGAGAGAGACUCUGGAAAAGACCAAGAUUUAUCAUGGGAUUGCUGGCAAUUCUCCAAACGAAUCCCGAUUUUAACUACUGCUGCGCAGCAAGAUGUUGAGAUGGCGGACACUGCUCUGUAUCUCAACCUCUGCUGACUUUAAUGGUGGAUGAACUUGUCAUUACUUCACGGCCAUCUCUUUUUCCUUUCCAAAAGCGCUGUAAGCAACAAAAUACUGCAACUGGAGGCUGAAGCUAAAUCCCAGCCCUAUUUCAAUAAGUUGUACAGUAGGUAGGCUAUGCUCUCAAACCCCCCCCCCCCACCACCACCUUUAGGCUUUGCUUUGUUGAUCCAGUCAGCGACGGUGCAUUCAAGGGAGCUGUCCUUUCAGCACUGGUCCAAUGCAUUCCUGUUGCUGCUAAGAUUUUUAAACACAGACCAACCAAACUCUCGAAUCUAUUAAAUAGAGGAGAUCCAUUGUAUGUAAAAACAUAUAUCUGAGGAUGGUGCAAUGUGAAUAUUUCUGUAGUAGAAACCCAUUUGUUUUUUGGCCCUUAAAGAGCAUAAGGCCACAGUUUAAAACUGAACCACAGGCUACAUUCUUCUUCUUCUUCUUGCAUUACCCAUCAGUGGUUAAAGGUGCAGGUUGGCACCUUCCUGUAGCUGAUUUACACCGGCACAUAUCUCUUUUUCCCCUCUCUCUUUUUUUUUUAAUUUAGCAUUCUCAAAUGCUCAGAUAUCUACAGAGGCCAGCAGGGACGUAUACUAAAUGUUUAAAAUAAUAGUCAUGAAAUUGAUGGGAAAAAAUUUUUUGGUUCUUUUAAUUCAGCAAUUAUUCGUGUUUCGUCUUCUCUAUACAUUUUGAAGUUUUUCUCCAUCUAUUUGCAUGAACUGUCACUCCGGUGCCAACACAGGUGCCACUACUCUUACCCUGGCACGCUUCUUUUUAACAAAAGUCAUAUUUGUAUUUUUAUAUCUAAAUAUUUGUUAUUUAAAUGAUAUGCUAGUCUAUCGUCUUACAAUUCAUCAACAAAAAUAUUUCUACUUCAGAGAGGAUAUACAGGAUGAGACUAGGCUUCAUAAGAGGCGAUUCUAAGAUUCUGGUGGACUGGUCUCCUUCUAUAUCAGAGGUCAGAUGUUUUUUAAAGACUAACUGAAUGUGUCUGGGGUUUUUGCACACAUCAAUGUUAAACUAUUAUUAAGAAAUCGUAUACUGUGACUUGAGCUUCGUUGAUGAAUUUGUUAGAAAAUGGCAGUUUUAGAGUAUAUUGCACUGUUUACGAGUAUCCUCAAAUAACACGUUGUUAUUUGACCGAUUUUGGACAUUACAGUUUUUUGUUUUUUAAUUUUGUUUAUUUUGUACCAUUAUUUUAAAGAAACUGGAUAUGGUUUGUUGUGCAUGAAACCUUAGUAUUUUCAAUAAUGAAACAUCGUUUUAUGAAGCAAAAAAUCAACAAAAAUGUCAUGACAUUCUAAGAAUGAGUCAUUGUAUAUUAUGAUGCCAUUUUCACUGUAUUUGGUGAAUUAAUAAAUGGUGAAAGAAAAUGUAAA